CUUCCGUCUGUAGGUGAAGAAAGAAUCUACCUAAGCUCUGACAGUAUAGACCCUGUUGAUACAAGUUCUACAAAUAAUGAAGCUUAUUCUCCUGAUUUUCUAAACAGUAUCAGAGUUUCUGGAUUGCCUAACCAUUGUUUGCACCUUAAAAUUGGUUGUCCGGUCAUGUUGAUCAGAAACAUGGAUCCUAACAAAGGUUUAUGCAAUGGGACAAGACUACAGAUCACUCAAAUGGCAGAUACAGUUAUCGAAGCUAGAGUUAUUACAGGUAAUAAAGUUGGUAAGAUUGUUCUUAUUCCUAGGAUGCUCAUAACACCAUCAGAUGCAAGAUUGCCUUUCAAAAUGAGGCGUAGGCAAUUUCCCCUAUCUGUAGCUUUUGCCAUGACCAUAAACAAGAGUCAAUGACAGACACUAGACAAUGUUGGACUUUAUUUGCCUAGGCCGGUUUUUUCACAUGGGCAACUAUAUGUGGCAAUAUCUAGAGUGACGUCAAAAUCAGGUUUGAAGAUUCUUAUCACCGACAAGAAAGGUAAACCUCAGACCAAAACAAUGAAUGUUGUUUUUAAAGAAGUCUUCCAAAACCUUCGUUAGCUAAUUCGAUGAUUCAAUUUGAU